AUGGCUAGGACGUAUGAUCAGAUUAAUUUCAUUUGUGAGUACCAAUUACGUAAUGUACUACGUCUACGUAGAACUAGAAGUGCUACAAUACGUUGCUGGAGGAAAAAUGGGUGUUGCUGUGGAAGUAGUGAAAGCCCGAACACGCUACCGGAUGGGGUAAGUAUAAGUAACUCUGUUUACAGUCAAAAAAGCUCAGGUACAAGGUGCCUGCUCGUGCAGUUGUACUUCUUUGUAGGGGUCGUGAAGAUUGAACUAUCGAUGAUGCUAACGUUAAAUAACCUACAAUCUAAUUCAUACUCCAUUUUUAUAGGUUUGAUAUCGAUCACAAGGACGAUCUCAGGUAGUACUACUUGAAAUUUUCAGAGUGGUAGUCGUUUUGCAGCUCAUUGCAUUGUGGAUGGGGGAAAUGGAAUGCGAUUUCUGCUCGCGUAACGACGUACUUCUACAUUGGCGAACUAUUCCCGUUGGUGCCGAUUUUACCUCCACCGCGCUUGAGGAAGCGUUAUCGUUAUGUAGUUGUAACAUUUUCUUCUGUGGUACCGGUAGGCUCGCUUUAAAUUCGAGUUCUUUUGUUAACUACUACAUUUGAGGCAAGAUGAAAAGUUAUGUUGAUUAUUCACAAUUUCAAAUUUGUCAUUGCCGAGCACGAUAUUGUGACAAUUCAACGCGUCGUCUGAUAAAUGCUAUUUUUGUUUUUCCUUAUCUUGGGAUGCCUUUCAUGAUCUGUCUUGACACGCGCGCACGUCGACGACGAGGAGUCACAGGGCGGCGGCUUACGAGAAUCUCUUGCAGAAAAUAGUGAAAAGGUUCCGGGAAAGGAUGUCCGUGGAACAGGAGCGAAUGAAAAAUAUUAGAGGAAGGGACUUCACUGGGGACUGAAAUGACUUUUGAACAACAUAUUUUCAACGUCCAUGGCUGAAAGGAGGAAGAUAUUUACAAGUUCACUGUACCCGUAGAUGAAGGAAAUUAGCAAAUGAAGUUUAGAGGAAAAAAGGAAAACAUCGCGAGC